CGCGGAAAAAAUACGCACGCUCACAGUGACACACACGCCGAAACGCUCUCCAUCGUAGCACUGCUUCCCAGCGAGUUGGACGUAACCGGGUCGGACAUUUCGCUUUGUGAAGCCGUUGGGACGUGAACGCGAAACGGUGUACUGUUGAUGCAGAAUCUUCAAGUGCUACGAAAGUUGCAAGUGCGUAGUUUUGAAAGUUCAAUGUGGGUUUGUGUCACGCGGUAAAAGGUGUCGUGGUGGGGACGGGAAAAUUGUUGCACCGUGGUCGAUUUACUAAUCGAUUUUUAAACACCCCUGAACCGUGAUGAAAGCAGCGACAAUACGGAACCACUGUGACCUAUCGAACCGGGAGUGCAAGUGCGUGUCUGCAAAUGCAAAUUUGAAACUCAACCCUUACCCCGUGCAAGUGCCCGUUGCUGUGAGAAGGUGUUCUAGUGCACGAGGCUUGUCAGCGUGACCUGCCCUUUAGUUGCCUACCGUUUGCAAACCGCCGAAAGCUGGCAAGAAAGGUGGGAAAGAAAACUCCAGCAAAGAUUGUGAUUAAGGGUGAGAGUUUAGAAGCAGCGGGUUGGAAAACCGGUUUUCAGCAACCCGCGACUCCGGAAGGUUCUGUUGGCUGUAGUGUGCCCGCCCGUAAUGUGAUCUCGCGUUGUCUGUGCGCAUCGGUUUCAUUCCAGCUGACGAACCGCAGUCAUUAGCAGCAGUGUGGGGGAGAGAAAAACAAAAUAAACACCCCAAAAAGCCAAACACCAAACGUAACAAACAAACAAAAUCCAACGCACACGCACAUUCGAAAAGUUGUUCCUUCACUCGACCGCGCACUGAAUAAAAAGGAAGGUAAAUAAAGCCGUUUUCUAGUGUGAGUGAUACGCAAUAUAUCGCUGCGUGACGUAAGCGUGAGUCGCAAUCGAAUCGACCCUUUCGCGGCCGCACAAAGCCUGCUGUGGGGCAAACCGCGCGCAAAAGUGUACGACGCGUCGUUCGGCGCGGCUGUCUGGAGGGUUUGGUUGAGUUCAGGUGUGCAGCUCAGGAGCUUUCGCUGUCAUUGAUAAACUUCGCCCGUUUCGAAGCGUGUGAUCUCGUCUGAGUGCAUGAUCAUCGCGGUGUGGUUGAAAUCGGAUGAUCGAAAGGUGAUCGUAUAGGAGAAUUACAGAGGCAAGGGCUCAACUUCCGGUGCGACAGUGAAUACAAAAUAUAUACCAACGGCCCUGAAGUUGAAAGUCAUCUAGUACGUCUCGGUCCCAAGGAGUGACCUCGAUCGGAGCACCCCACUAUCUUUCCGUCCCUGUGGGAGAAUUUUUCGGAAGCAUACAGGUUCAACCAUCAUUGUACGGAAUUUGGCCCGUCCCCGUCACUAUCGUCACUAUCAGCAAAUUGCAAUUUGAGCAGCCCAAAAACUGCUCCCUUACCAAGCGUGGAUUUAUCGUAACCCACCCAUCCCCUAAACGUCACAGACGUCAGACGGCUUGAAGUGGCAGGAAAUCCACCCGCCGUGCUCAAGUGAAUUGACGGGGGUGGAUUUUUUUGUGUAUUUUCGCGAAACGCGUGCACAAAGGUCGAUCGAGUGUGCUGCUAGAACCGACACGAACCGUCAUUAGGCUGGAAUCGCCGGAAUCGAUAACAUCGCUAUCGCGAUAGCUACUGCGUGCUGUGGUGUGGAAUAUUGGACGUUCGCUGUGAGAGGUUCGAGUUCGAGUAUUGUACGACGUAAGGAAAGCAUGACUAUCUCAGCAAUUCCACCACAAGAACCCGUCUGGUGUUUGGACCGGCGGGACUCGGGCCAUCUGUUCUGGCGCCGGGAGUCAUCAAAGGUGAAGUUCCGGUACGAUGUGGAGGUACUAGAGUUCACCAAAGAUCCGUACGAAGAUCAGCUACUGAUCACCGACAGUGAGAUGAAUCGGACGAAGCAGCAGCAAGCGGGGGCCGUAUCGAACAUGAUCGUCGUGUGUGUGACGUGUGUUGCGGCCAUUGCCGUCACCGUGGUGUUACCGUGGUUUCUGAUCGGAUCGGCUUAGAACUGGCUGAAUUGGAACUGAACGAUCCCACACCCGCUAUGUCAUUGAUGAGAAAGUAUCGUGCGCAUAGUUAUGAGGGUGGUGGGAAUCGCAUGAGAAGAUGUGAAUCGCUCGUUGGAUCUACACAUCCCGAGCAACCCGAUUGUGAUAGCUGUCCCUAGCCGCGCGUGAGGUGUUAGGGACAUUUUUUCCCCAAAAACAAUUUUUACUAGCCCGUAAGGUAAGACGUGUCCGACGUACUAAUCGCACUGCACAGAUCGACCGGUGAAGGUGAUGGCCAAGCUGCUUUUUCUUCACUGGUCUGUUUGUCACUCUCUCAAUAUGGUGAAAUGUCCUGCUGGGGUGUAAAUAGAAGCUGACUCACCGUGAUACGAUAGGAAACAGGGUGGUGAUGAAGGAAAGUCAUAUCCCUACCCAGCAACUUAAGGUAGAUCAAACGCACCGAGUGAAAAUAGGCAAUGUAUUAAGUCUUAGUUAAAAAUGAAAUAAUGCAGACACACAGUCACUAAAUGCCCUACAAAUCUAUACGGCGCAUUUUAUCGUAUCGAAAACGACAUGCAUUGGGUAAUAGCGAUUGUUUUGUUGCCUACAAAUGCAAAUAAGUUCGAUGGUGUAAGGGGAACAGAAAAUAAUUUUACAACAAAUAAAGGUUGUAUUAUUCUUACAAAUAUGU